GCGUAUGGCCAGUUGGUAUAGCUUGUCCUCCUGCCACGUGGCUAGCUCCGUCUUCUCUUGGCGCGCAGUGUUUUCCACGUGUGUGGCCAUACUGUUGGCGUCUGCGACACAGCCACUGGGAGCUAUCUUCGUCUUGGCGCGAGGUGGAGCCUUGCAUUCUUGGCCACGCGAUGUGUGUUCGCUCAUCGGGAUUGAACGUGCGACGUCUGGCGUGACAGGGUAGCCAUAAAGGUGGUAUACUGUCAGUACGUCGGUUUGACAGGCCGAGCCACGUCGGCCUGGAGUCACAGGUGAUGGCGGCAUCAAUGGGGAUGCGACACGUGGCCGUCGCAGGAGGAGGCUGCUCUACCACCGCACAAUGCAGCGGCAUCAAUGGGAUUAAGAUCAUUUCCUCUCCUCCGAGAGUCGCUCAAGGACACGUGUCAAUCAAGGAACAAGCAGGAGUGAGGUCAGCAGCAGCAGCAGGAGCAUCAGUAGUCGCUGUGAACUGCCGGAGAUCGGCACCUCCUCUUCCUUUUCCUCCUGCCCCAGUUUGUCCUUAUUCUCAGAAGAUAACGACAAAUCGUGGCCGGGCGGCAGUGGUGGCAGGCUGCGCUUUGUCGUCGUCGCACAACCAGGCACAGGACAGCAACAGCAAUGGCCGUCAAGCUGUCGCACAGCAGGAGUUGCGAGAGGGAGGAAGCCGUCGCACAGCAGAUGUGACACAUGGUUUACGAGAGGAAAUCUGUGCGACCGCGGCUGCGACGGAUCUCCCCCAAGAACGAAGUGCGCGAGGUGUCGCACAAAGUGUGCUGGGUGUCACACAAAGAGGCGGGACAGGUGUGGCGCAUCAUCUCCAAGAGGAAAACGGAAGAGGUGUGGUGAGCAAGAUAGGUGUGGGAAUCGGCGCGCUGCUGCUGUCGCUUGCGCUGCAGGGCGUUCCUGCCAUUGCGCAAUCUCGUGCUGCGACGGCGGCUUUAGACUACUCGUACCCCCAAUCUCGGUCAGGAUGGGAUUUGUCAGAGCUUGCAGAGAGGGGGGCACUCACGUCUGACCUCCGCGUGGCCGAAGAUGAAGAGGUGGAGGAGGACCUCUCCCUGUUAGGAGCAAAGUAUUUCUCCAUGCACGACCUCGUCCGAAUCUACGGCUAUGGUGCUGGCCUCGACGACCCGGACAUAUAUUUGGUCCCACGAAAGGAUGACGUCAAUGAGAACUCAAGUACUCGUAUGGUGAUGACCACAACAAGCAGCAGCAUGAUGACCAAUCCAAAUGAGAUGGAGCAUUCUGCAGCUGGUGGACAAGCCUUUCUCCUCGCUGACGCCAACGUAGGGGGUGGGGAGGACUUGUCAGGACUUUUGAGGUUCGAAGAUAGACGGGACGGGUAUGCCUUCAACUACCCCGAUGAUUGGGUAGAGGUCAGAGGGGCUGGAGCGGAUAUCUUCUACCGAAGCGCCUUUGAUCCUGAUGAAAAUCUGUUUGUCAGUAUCAGCUCGCCGUCGUCGUCAAAUUACCAAUCGAUCAGCGACCUUGGAACACCAGAGGAAGCCGGCAAGAGAUUCCUGAAGCAGUAUCUUACGGAGUUAAUGUCGACGCGCCUGGGUGUGAGGAGAGAAUCGAAGUUGUUGAGUACUCGGCAGCGCACAACACCGGAUGGUCAACAAUUCUAUGAGAUUGAAGCGAAUGUGAAAUCCUUUGCCGCGACCAAUCAGUUGGCCAUUAACCCAGAGGAAAGGGUUCCGUAUAUGGAAUGGGACCGGCGGUAUCUGUCGGUCCUCGGUGUGGCGAACAGCCGGUUGUACGAGUUGAGGUUGCAAGUCCCGGAAAAGAGCAUCCCGACUGAAGAAGCGAGGCUUCGGAGGGUGAUGGACUCGUUUGAACUGCAACAACUCUCUACGAGAACGAAGGACUGAGGCCAAACUCGGUGCUAGGCUCGAGAACUGUGGUGCACAGAUUCUUGGUGUGCCUGGGAAAAUUGUCUCCUGCUGGAGCGUCAUUUGAGACUGUGAAAUUGUCCUUUAUCCGCACUGGGUGAAGGGAAGGGAGCCAUUAGCUUCAGCUGGUGUGCAAAUUUGUCUUCAUUGUGUGGUGGCUAUGUCUACUUCGAUUGUGCAUGUGUGUGACCGGGUACACCGGAUCACGGGGAAAAACGAGUACCCCUGUUGGGGUGGGUUAAGUGCUCAUCUUGGGGCUUAACUUUCACCCCGGUCCACUUUACCGUUUGGUUGAGUGUUUGCCUCCGGAUAGGGAGGUCAUGUGUUCGAUCCUUGGACAGUGCGGACUUAUAAAAAAUGCAUUUUCAGAUGUAUUUUCAGAAGGGGUGAGAACCUGUCAAGUGGAGUGUGCCCAACAGGGCAUAUAAUGCUCCCAUAUAAGGGACACUGGGCCCGCUUUCCAGCAGGUGAAGCUCCCCAGUGUCCCCACCUAUAGAAUGGGGCCGUCUAAAAGGGUGUUCUCUCCUGGAGGAUGCUCUUACCCCCUCCAGUAGACAGGCCCUGUGGAACGUUUGUCAAAAAAAAAAAAAAAAAGGUGGGGGCAAGCCUACCGCAGGCAGGGAUACGAGCCCAUGCCUGUUGUAGGUGACCGCAAGUUGAUGGCUCGACUGUGAAAUUGAUUUUACGUAGCGUCGAUGGCUCCACUGUGAAAUUGUCAUUAUACCUAAUAACUAGCGUCUUCCCCGCUCCUGUGCAGCCAAAAUGAGGGUGCAUUCCGUUCGGGCAAAGACGGUAGUGUUAAGGUGAUAUUAUUAUAGUAAAUAUUUCCAAAAUGC